GAGAGAGAGAGAUCAGGAAGAUAGAAGAAAGGAAAGGAAAAAUUUGGGUUUCUGAAGAGCAACUGAAAAUCCCGAGAAAACAGGAAGGAGGAGGAGGGAGAAUGGGCGCGACCGUCAAAGCUUCUCCGGCGAACUUUGCGGCGGAUAACGGCGAAAAUGGCGCCGGAAAAGUUUCUGUUCUCAACCUUGCCCAGGGAGAUCCAACAAUGUUUGGGGCAUAUUGGGAAAAAAUGAGUGAAAAGGGCACCAUAACAUUUACAGGGGCACAGUCAAUGAGCUACUAUUCAAAUACAAAGAGCAUUUGUUGGUUCUUGGAGCCGGAGCUAGAAAGAGAGAUCCGGCGGCUCCACGGCGUCGUCGGCAACGCGGUGGAGGAGGAGCAUUACGUGGUGGUGGGGACGGGGUCGAGCCAGCUUAUUCAGGCUGCUCUCUACGCCCUGUCCCCGCCCGACGCCGACCUGCCCGUCAACAUUGUUUGUGCUGCCCCGUACUAUUCGUCAUAUCCGGAGGUGGCGGACAUAGUGAGAUCAAGGAGCUACAAAUGGGGAGGAGAUGCAAGGAGUUAUGAUAGGGAUGAACCAUACAUAGAGCUGGUAACCACACCAAACAACCCAGAUGGGGCUAUCAGAGAACCUGUGGUUAACAAGCCUCAAGGAACUGUCAUACAUGACUUGGCCUAUUACUGGCCAAACUACACUGCCAUUUCCUCUGCAGCUAACCAUGAUCUCAUGCUCUUCACCUUCUCCAAGUGCACUGGCCAUGCCGGUUCAAGAAUCGGAUGGGCAUUGGUGAGGGAUAAAGAAGUUGCGAAGAAGAUGAUAAAGUAUAUGGAGGUGAGCACCAUUGGAGUGUCGAAAGAUUCGCAGCUGAGAGCAGCUAAGAUUCUUGGGGUGGUUUCUGAUAGCUGCUGCAGCCAUGGUGCUGAGGAGGGCUUUGAAGAUGAAGAUGAAGAUGAAGAAGAAGAUUUCUUUUCUUUUAGUAGGAAUAUCUUGAAGGAAAGAUGGCAAAGAUUAUCCCAGCUUGUCAAGGCUAGCAAUCUCUUCACUCUCCAGAAAUACCCCACCCAGUACUGCUGUUUCGCCAAAGACAUGACAGACACUCUCCCAGCUUUUGCGUGGAUUCGGAUGACGAGCAACGAGGGUGGAAUGGACUGCGCGGAGCUUCUGAAGGAACAGAGGAUUCUUGCUAGGAGUGGGACAAGAUUUGGAGUUGACAAUAAGUUUGCAAGGGUAAGUAUGGUGUCAACAGAUCAGGAGUUCAACACAUUUUUACAAAGGCUAGCAAUCAUCCAAGGAACAAAUCCUAUUUAUAUUUGAUCAUUUUUUAUUAGUAAUAUUUUCGAGUUUUGUGGGAAAUGUUAACUUAAAAAGAUUUAGCCUUUGAUUAGAGUAUGGGAUUAUUAAUGUGUGUAUUAUGGAGUACUAUUAUUAAAGUGUGAUGGCAGUU